UUGACGUUUAUCAUUGUUUAAACAAUCCGUUUCAUAUUUGUUCGUAAACACAAUAUCUGUAAUAUAUGUUGUGUGUUGGUCGCACAAAUUUUCGUUCAACAGCCGUUUAUUAGUGAAUGUACAUGCGUUAGUGACUAUAUUUGCAUACACGUUUAUAACAUUGUAAGUACCUGCAUACAUGCAAAUUGCAUACACAUAUAAGUACAUACAUAUGUACAUAUAUGCAUGGAUAGAUAGAGACAGAUAAGCAAACUUUCGCGGAUCCAGUAUUAAGAUGCAGCAGAACGUACAUAGCGUCGUUGGCUUGCUUGAUAAAUAUCCUCACUUAAUUGCUUGUUUAGGAGUAAGAUAAAGGAGUUUCCAUUUGGAGCAGAUGUUGACCGAAACUGAUCCGAUUUCAGUGUCUAAAGAGUUAGUUAUGUCGGACAGAAAAGUAACCAAAACACAAAAAGUGAUCAAAGUGAAGGUAUUGGUAUCAAAAAAUGCGAAAAAACAUGAAAAGUUUGACAUUACUUCGGUGGAGCAUUUAGUAAAGUACCAAGAAUCAAUUGGAAGACCUCGUAGUUGCCCUAACAGGCCUAUAAUGGGCACCACAGCGUUGCUUACACGAGCAAAAUCAUUAAAUCUUGAUGUGAGCAACGUCGUUCAAAAACUUAUAUUGGACAAGUACCAAUCCACAUUGACUUACUUCAGCGACAGAAGUUUUGCAAGAAGAAAAACCCGGAAAAGAAAAUCUACUGGAAAUGUGUUCAAUUCCACGUUAGCUUCAGACCAAUCUUACAUCACCGCUAUCAGUUCACAUCAAGAGAUGUCGGAACCUACCAUUGGAAGUUAUGACGAAGUACAAUUUCUAAAAGACGCUUUAGGGGAUGAAAUUGACGCUUAUGCAAGCACUUUGGAUAUAAAGGAACACGAAAAUGAUUACAGUGUUUCCACCUGUGAUAUAUCUGAUUUGGUCUCUACUCCGAUCGGAUCUCUUAGAAGUCAUGAUUCGAUUGAAUACCACAAAAGUUUCGAUUCUUCCGAAACUUAUUGUUCGACACCAGUGCCACAAAGAAAAAGCAUUGCACAAAGCGAGGAUCCUCGAAGAGAGGCAAUUUUGCAACGGUUGUUAGUCCAAGAACAAAUAAUUCAACAAAUAUCGAAAGUGAUUGACUUUUGUAAGAACACAAAACAGUUUUCGUCAAGCGAAGAGUAUAUUGAAGCUGAAAAAGUACUCUUAUUAGCAAUAUAUAAGAAAGAGAUGCUGCUAAAGGACCUAACGGAUUUGCCAGAGACAAAUAGUUCAACUCCUUUACCAAUAUCUGGCUAUGUUUGCAUCAAAAGGCUGCAUUUCCCUUUAAAACAUAAUCCUGGCAAUGGUCCUGUCAAGGAUAGAAAAGGAUUUUCGUACAAAUAUUUGUGUGUAAUCACCUGUGGGAAUAAGAUCUUGUCUUCGGAUGUAGUUGGACAAUCUAGGGAUGGGACCGUCCAGUUUCGUGGAAAUUUUCAAUUAGAUAAUUUGGCAGAUAACUUUGAAAUCCGGGUGUUUCUAUAUUCGCUUAUAGUGAAGAACAACUUGAAACAUUACAGUGAACAAUCCAAAUAUCAUAUCGCAAAGGAAACUGUGAGUUGUCCAACCCCUGCGAAGCUUUUCCAUUCACCAAGGCGUCAUAACAAAUCAGGGGGUUAUUCGGUGAAUUUGCAAACAAUUUCUUCGUUUACUCAAUGGGGCAAUUUUACCAUAAAGUUGCAAGAUUUGAACAAGAAAAAGACGGAGUUUCAAAUAAGCAAUGUUCCUCUUCGAUCAACCCUUCAGGGAAUAGCCAAGGUCGAAAUACAUAGUGGAGUAGUUAUUAAUAAGAAUAUUUCUGGAUUUCUCAAUAUGGGAUCAAGGACUAAUAACGACACAGUUUCGUGGAAUAGACUUUGGUGCAAAUUGGACGGGCAGUACUUAAAAUUUUGGAACUACCCUUCUGAAGAACACGACAAUUCUGCUAGUACAGUAAUUAAUUUGAGUAAUUCUGUUAAUUAUCCUUUAUCCUGCGCGAGCCGAGAAAUCUGUCCAAGACCAAGGACUUUGCUGUUGCAGACACAUGAAGUAAAAUGUAAUGGAAUUGUGAUAUACCUCUUAUCUUAUGAUAGUCUUAAAGAAUUGGAAACGUGGAAAGAUUAUUUAAAUUCAGUAAUCGUUUGGUGUAAAAACUAAAUCAAUGUAAAUAAUGAUUCUAGCUUUAGAAAUUACAAAAUGUACUUAUUGACCAAAUAAAAAUUGCUUGUAAAUAUUAAAUAC